AGGUGAAGUCCGGGAAGAAGAGGAAGCGGAGGGGGAGGGACUCCAGCGACGUCCACCGAGUCGACUAGCCAGCGUGUGGAGCUCGCUUCGUGCUGCGCUUCUGCUCUCUUCGCCGCAACCGAACGUUUUGUGUUAAAACGUCCGCGAGCGGACGGCGGACGAGAAAGCGGGGCCGUUGUGCUUGUUUUCGGUUCGAAACAGCAUAAUGGGGCUGUUUGAACAGGACUGGGCCUGUAAUGUCGUGCGCUCGGACGACGAGCCUCUAACAGGCUAACGACACAUCAAGUUGCCAGUGAACUUUGUCACGUUUCGGGGGCGAUGGCCUGUCCGGUGUGGGCGACAAGUGCGCCGAGGGCGUUUUUGGUUUCUCUCGUCGGUUCGACACGGAGAGGCACCGACUCACUUUGUGGACUUGUUCCGAGGCGCCCCAUCAUCGACAUGUCGUACUCCGCGCACUUCAUUGAUUUUCAAGGAUCCUCAAUACCGAGCAGCAUGAAAAAGGUGGUCGUAAAUAAGCUGAGUUCCAAUUUUAGAGAGGCCGCCUCGGUGCGAACUGUUCCGGUUCCGACCCCCGCAGACGCGGACUUGCUCGUUAGAAAUCGGUUUGUGGGGAUCAAUGCCUCUGAUAUUAAUUAUUCAGCAGGCCGUUAUGACCCAACUGCAAAACCACCCUUCGACGCUGGAUUUGAAGGUAUCGGUGAGAUUGUCGGCCUCGGCCUUAGCGCCAGCUCCCGCUACACAGUUGGAGACACCGUGGCCUACUUCAGCAGCGGCGCCUUUGCCGAGUACAUUGCGGUACCCGCCAAGGAAAGUGUGCCUGUCCCUUCAGCGAAGCCCGAGUUUCUCACCCUGUUGGUCAGCGGUGCUACCGCCUACAUUGCCUUGAAGCGUCUAGGUGACCUGGCGGUAGGCGAGACGGUUCUGGUCACAGCGGCCGCAGGAGGAACGGGACAGUUUGCUGUGCAAUUUGCAAAACAGGUCGGUUGUCACGUGAUCGGAACCUGUUCAUCCAAUGAGAAAGCAGGUUUCCUUAAAUCUAUUGGGUGCGACAGGCCUAUUAACUACAAAACAGAGGAUUUGUCCAAGACCCUGAAAAACGAGUACCCAAAUGGCAUUGAUGUGGUUUAUGAAUCGGUCGGGGGCAGCACUUUAGAACUGGCAGUUAACUGUCUGGCUAAAAAAGGCCGGCUGAUAGUGAUUGGCUUCAUCUCGGGCUACCAGUCUGCGUCAGGCUUUCCGCAGUUUAGAGGGGCAACUUUACCCGUAAAGCUUCUCCAGAAGUCGGCAAGCAUGCGAGGUUUCUUCCUUCCUCACUUCAUGAGUGACUACACGGAGGCUCUGACAAGCAUGAUGCAGAUGUUUGCCACGGGUAAGCUUGUGUGCGAGGUCGAUUACGGGGAUUUGACCCAAGAGGGGAGGUUUGUUGGCCUGGAGUCAGUCUUCCGAGCAGUGGACUACAUGUAUGCAGGAAAAAAUGUCGGCAAGGUUGUGGUAGAAGUGGCACCUCCCUCUAAUUCUAAUAGUAAACUGUAAAUAUUCAACAAAGAAAUUGUACUUUUGCUUUAUAAUCAAUACCAAUACAGAAUGUAAUGAGGUCAUUUGGCACUGUCCAGUUUUCCCAAUUAACAUGUCAGCUAUGCAAAACCUUUGUGAAAUAUUUGACAUUGUAAUUACAAAUAAAAAGUGAGUUAUCGCAGUUUUAA